CUGACAGCCGUGCGCUUCAGUCUCAUGAUGGCUUCUCGUCAGAUCAGGAUGGGCUUUUUCUACCGCCUCAUGUACAGGAAUGUAUCGCUCGACCGUUGCUGUCGUACGGCUGGAUUUUUGUGCUGAAAGACAUCAAAUGUAGGCGCGAUGAAGGACGAGAAAAACACGGCGCGCUCGCUCCAGAGUGCCGACGCGGAGCGUCAAAACGCAGCUGAUGUGGAGGACGGCCGCGCGACGCUAAACCCGGCGCUCCAUGAAGCGGGAUCAGAUCGAGCCCUUGCACCGACAGCCCGGACAGCGACAGGAAUACGCGUUUUAAAGCGUAACAUGAAGCGCAAUGGGAGUAGAGGUUGCGUGACCCGGAAGACGCGGUUUGGCUCUCGGGAGCGGGACUGGCUGAAAGGUGAUGCUCAGCGAGGCUGCGUGUGUCUCUACGGGGCCUCGGAGCCCCAGCUUCCAGCGUCGGGACCCCAGACCACCUCUACCGCCCAGCCGGACCUGAAGCUGGUGCUCUGCUCCACCAACACCACCGUGGAGGAGCUGUGUGCUCAGAGAGAUAUUCAGGGUCUUUAUCUCCAGCUGCAUGGAGACCUCAUCAGGAGGUUGGACCCUUCUGAACGACCUCUUCAGAUGGUUUAUGACUACCUGACUGCUAUGGGUUAUGACGACCCACUUCGGGUCCAGCAGGAAGCGGCCAAUUCGGAUCUCAGCUGCAUGAUCCGCUUCUAUAGUGAGAAACCGGUGAAUGCAGACCAGCAGGAACGGACCCUCCUGAAGGGCGUCUUCAGCGUAAGGAAAGGAAAGACGCAGCUUCAUAAAUGGGCGGAGCGACAGGUAAUCUUGUGUGGCACAUCCCUUAUCGUGGCCUCCGUCAAGGACAGCCUGACCGGCAAGAUGCACAUCCUACCCCUGGUCGGGGGCAAGGUUGAGGAGGUAAAGAGGAGGCAACACUGUCUGAUGUUCAGCUCCGCUGGUCCUCAGGCUCAGACCUACUACGUUAACUUUGACACCCUGGCAGACUACCAGCGCUGGCAUCGGCAGGCUUCUAAAGUUGUGUCUCAGACAAUAAGCCUGGUAGAUUUAUCCUGCUAUAGUCUGGAGGAAGUGCCCGAGUAUCUUUUCUACUGCCAGGAUGUCACACACAUUAACCUACGGCACAACUUCAUAAGUCUGGAUGGCCCUGGAGGACUGAUCAACUUCAACAGAUUUGCACAGUUGAAGAGCUUAAAUCUCUCUCACAAUGGGUUGGGUGUAUUUCCGGAGUCGGUGUGUGAGAUCCAGGCGUUGACUGAACUCUAUCUCUCCUGCAACGGCCUCAGUUCUGUUCCAGACCGCAUCGGCAACCUCCAGAGUUUACAGACUCUGUCACUGGAUGGAAAUCGCUUGGGUUCUCUUCCGGAGGAGUUGGGCAACCUGGCUCAGCUCAGUAGCUUGGGUCUUUCCUUUAAUGAUUUUCCUCACAUACCCUGCGUCCUAGAACGGCUGUGUGCACUGGACAAGCUAUCGAUGGCUGGCAAUAGGGUGGAGACCCUGGAUCUGUGUGGCCUGCUACGAAUGACUCACAUUAAAAGUAUUGAUUUACGGUUAAAUGGCCUCCGCUCUGUUAAUAGUGAAACUCUGGAGCCUAUCAAACAUCUCAUCCAGCUGGACCUGAGAGAUAACCAGUUGACCUCUUUAGACCUGAGCUCCACCUGUAAUCUGGAGACCCUACACUGUCAGAGAAACCAGCUGGCAUCUCUGACGCUCAGUGGCUUCACUCUCCGCACGCUCCACGCCAAUAACAACCGUUUGACCACAGUGAACAUUUACCCAGUUCCUAACCAACUAACACACAUGGACCUAUCAAGGAAUGUUCUGGAAUAUCUACCAGAUUGGGUGUGUGACAGCAGGAAGAUUGAGGUGUUGGAUGUCUCCCAUAAUCUGCUGUCUGAGCUCUCGGCCAGACUUCUGAGCAGCCUAAGUCUUCGUAAACUUUUGGCCGGCAACAAUAGGUUGGAAAGAUUGUGUGACCUGCUUGACCACAUCCCGCUAGAAAUACUCGACCUGCAGCACAACAAGUUGAAAGAACUGCCGGAGAGCUUCUUCUAUAAAGCCUUAAAUUUAAAGUAUCUGAAUGUGUCUGCUAACGCACUGGAGACAAUCCCAGCAAGCAGCCAAUCAGAGGAGAGCCUCAGCACCCUGCAGGAGCUCUAUCUCACUGGAAACAACUUAAAUGAAAACUGCGCCGCCCUACUGGUUGGCCACCAGAACCUGCGUGUCUUACAUAUGGCUUAUAACCAACUGCAGUCCUUCCCUGCUAGUAAACUCGGUAAACUGGAGGUGCUGGAGGAAUUGAAUUUGAGUGGAAACAAGUUAAAAGCGAUUCCCUCCACUGUGUCCAGUUGUAAGAGACUACACACCCUCAUCGCCCACUCCAACCAUAUCAAUGUAUUUCCUGAGGUCCUCAACCUGCCUGAGAUUAAGCUGGUAGAUGUGAGUUGUAAUGAGCAGACCGAAAUCCUGUUGCCAGACUCUUUGCCCUCCACACUACAAGAGCUGGACCUCACUGGUAACAGCAGUCUCAUGCUAGAACACAGAACCCUUAACCUCUUCAGUCACAUAAGUACAUUAAAGCUAGACCAGAAACCAGCUGUGACGGCAGGAGAUUCACAGGGGUCGUCCACCCUGUGGGAUCAUGGUUACGCUGAGAUGUGCGGUCAAAGAAACAAGUUAUGCGUGUCCGUGCUGGCUGUGGAUCGCUUUGGAGACAGUCCCGAGGCAGCUUAUGGGAUUUUCGAUGGUGACCGUAAUGAGGAAGUUUCCAGGCUACUGCAGUGCACCAUGGGAGAUGUUUUGGCAGAGGAGAUACAGCACUCCGGUGUGGACACCGUAUACAUGUGCAACACUUUCCUAACCUCUCAUAGGAAACUCGGCAUGGCCGGUCAGAAACUAGGUGCCUCUGCUUUGCUCUGCUACAUCCAUCAUGAGUCGUCUGAACCUGGGAGUUACUUUGGUCUCACUGUGGCCAAUGUGGGUACCUGUCAAGCUGUGCUGUGUCGAGACGGGCGACCUCUCGCCCUCUCAAAGGUGUUCAGCCUAGAACAGAGUGCUGAGGAGAUGGAGCGCGUCAAACUGGCUAAAGCGAUCAUCACAGAGGACAACAAGGUGAGCGGUGUGACAUGCUGCUCACGGUUACUUGGCUGUUCCUACCUGUUUCCUUGUGUGCUUCCCAAACCCUGGGUGCACACAGAGCCUCUGUGCUCCCAAGACGAGUUCCUGAUCCUAGGAAACAAAGCUCUCUUCCAGAAGGUUUCCUACCAGGAGGCGGUGAGCACAGUGUUAGCGGUCAGGGACCCCCGCGCUGCUGCCAAAAAGCUCUGCACACUAGCGCAGAGCUAUGGGUGCCGGGACAAUGUAGGAGCAGUGGUGGUGGCAUUGCACAUCGGAGAAGACAGCUGUACAUGUGAUCCUCCCCUCUUGACCGCAGAAGCUCGUGGGCCGCCUGCCCAGGCACCUUUACCGAUCACAGUAUCUCCCGGAGACCCAGCCACCCCAUCGUCUAGCAGCGGGAUUGCGUCCGAGUUCAACAGCGAGAUGUCCGCCUCGGAAGUGGGCAGCGAGGCUGGAUCCACGGCCUCGGAUGAGCACCCUUCUUCAGGGCCAACUGUUCGUCCAGAGCGUCGCUGCAGUUUGCACCCUGCCGCUCCGUUGUGUAACGCAGGGCCGAUAGGCUUGGGGCCGGGGGCUCACCCGGCUCUGUUUCAGCGGCAACCUUCCAGCGCCACCUUCUCCAGCAAUCAGUCCGACAACGGACUGGACAGCGAUGACGAAGCUCCUUUGGAGGGCGUUAUCUCAAACGGGAGUAAGUUGGAGGUAGAGGUAGACAUUCACUGCUGCGCUUUUCAGCUCCGUUCCGGACCACCCGAAAGCCCCAAGGACCUGGAUGGCCGUCGUGACUCGCGGGGCUCGGACUAUCCCAAGAGCAAAAUGCGGCGACAAAACAGCGUUGUAGUUUCCGCCACCAAUGGAUGCCUGCUGGCCGUAUGCGGGAGAGAGAUCUCGGAUCUAAAGAAGUCUCCGUCCACCUCUAGCCUCUUCGGAAAGAAGCUCUCCAAUGGCUCAGUAGUGGCUCUGGAGGAUAGUCACAACAUCAUCGAAGUAGCACUUGAGGCUCCCAAAAAGAAAUCGGGUUAUUUUGCCGCGCCAGCCCAGCAAGACCCGGAAGACCAGUUGAUUAUACCGCCCAGUCUGGAACAGGAUGUUCGAGAGCAGCUGAGAGGCCAGAGCCCUGUGGUUCCUGGGCCACUACAUCCUUCGACACCCCCGAACUGGGACCAACCUCACCCGGGUGUUCACCCCACCACCGUCCUGCAACAGGAUGUCUACGACACAGCUCUGUAGCGGGUGCAAAAGGACCGCACCAUCUCUGCAUCAUAGGGCCACAUCCAAAGGCAAGCACGCACUUCCUGUCACGGAGAUAUUCCAGUUCUUCUUUAGCACCAUCAUUAUGUGUGGGUCCCUGCAUGUGCAUUUUCGGGCUGAUCGGUGGUGGCGUACCUCACAUCCACACAUAGGCCACGCAUUCAGGACCGAUAAAAUCAGGAAGAUUGAGGUCUUGAAAUAAAUGAGCAUGGAGCUGAAGGACCCCAUUUUCGACAUUUGCCCUUUAUAUCAAAGGUCACGGGCUUCGGUAGGCUUCAGUGAUCACAUUUGCCUUCUGGCGGUAAGACACUAUCAGACCAAAAGAUGAGAAAAGUGCCUCUUGAAGAUGCUUGGGUUUCUGAGAGCCUUCAUUGUUCUCCUACCUGGAGAGAAACUCAACCUAGUGAAGAGGAAAAUAAUGGAGAUCAUUGUGAGAAACUUUUAAAACAUCCAGUGCACAGACCUCACAAAACCUUAACUUGAGCUGUCUCGGGUCGUACUUGAAGUUUUGAGUGUGCCAUGACUAUACAGUAUGACCGUACCCAGGUUCCAACUGGGCAUCACGUCGUGAAUAUAUCAUUGGGUCUUUGCAGUAAUGCAGGUUUACUGUCGGUGAGUGAGGUUCGGGUUAUUUUCUCAUCAUCUCAUUAUCAAGGAAAAAGUGGAACGGUAACUAUGUGUAUGAAAUAUUCUGGCAUACAUUUUUUUUCUGUAUGAAGAUGUACAGGGGGUAUGGUAUAAUGUACUGUGUUGUGUGUGUGUGGAUGGGUGUGCUUUUUUGCCUUGCACAAUACAUGUAAGAAAACAGGCUAAAGUUUUGGUUUAAAGAGAGAUUUUGAAAAGAAAAAGAUGAUUCAUUAUCAGGUCACUUGAGUUACAAUCAUAGCAUACAGGACAUGUGUGCAGUAAAAUGCUGAGCUCAUGGUUUGAGAGGACACCUAGUGGUGUUUAUUAGAAACAGCAGUCAUUGUGUACUGUAUUAGGUUUUAUUACAUUUCACCUUUUCUUUCAAAUUGGGAAAUUGAGGUCAGGCUUGUUGCAAUUUUUAUUGAUGGCACCUAAAGCCCACUUCUUCUAUUUUGCCAAUAUAUACGUAUUUCAUGUUGCAUACGUAUUUAGGUGUCAAGGCCAGAUUUAGCUCUAAUGCGGAUGUUGUAUUUCACAUUUAAAAAUCUCAAAACAAAAGAAACAUUUUGCAUUGACAUGACAUUCAGCUCUUAAAUGUCCAAACUUUCAAAUGAGAUAAAAAUAUAUAUUUUACUCUUUUUGAAUUAAUGUCACAGUCAUAUUGUGCAUGCUAUUUGUGCCAAACCUGCAAAUAGAUGUUUGCUAUAUAAAGUAAAGGACCACUUUUUGACCAAUCUGAAUCCCAAUGUUAAAUGUCUUUUAAUCUUGGAAGACUCAUGAACGAUGAGUUUACUGCCAUCUCUGUGCAUUUUAAGGCUUCAAAGAGCUGCUUGUCCGUUAUAUUAGACCAGAAGCUGUUGUUCUUGUGCCAAAAGACAUGUAGUUGUAUUUGAAGGAAAGUAGUGUUUUUUUGGAUGACCUUUGGGAACUGAAUCAAGUGGUCGAUUUAAUUUCUGUAAUCGCCUUAAACUUGGGCUGCAUCCAGCUUCGAAUCGCUUGUUGCAGGUAGCCCUCGCUCUUUUCUUAAAUGAAGCCAUCUUACUUUCUAAGCUUCGUAGAUUUAAUGAAAAAGCACAUCUUUUUAUUUUAUUUUGGUAUCUGAAUGCACAAUACUUAGUCGUUGCUAAUUCACUUUUGACAAAAAUGUGAAGAAUAUUUCGUGGGAAUUCCCACGAAUGCUUAAUAGCUCUAGUGCACAAGGAAUCUACAAAAGUAUUAAUUUAAAAGUUUUUACACUGUUAAUUCAAUUUAAAAGGUGUAAGCACUUUGUUAAAAAGCUCAAAAAUCUAUCUAUCUAUUUAUCUAUAUAUAAAUAUAAAUAUACAGAUAUGAUUAAGAUAAACAGCUGAGCUUUUUAAAAAAAAAAACUAUUUAAAGUCAUCAAACGUAGGCUGCACCUUCUUUAGUCUAGAAAGCCAAUUAUUUUUUGGACAUUUUCAUUAGAUUUCUUCUCAUAUUUGAGAGAUAAAUAUUUAUUUAGCAUUUUUGUGCAAUUGACAGGAAAGAUUAUUGAAACACAAUGUACUGAUUUAUAUUGUGCUAGCAAACAGAGUUCUGCAAAUAUUUAACUGUUUGAUUUAUUUGAUGUCGAGUCGGGCAUCGUCACACUGCACUUUCAAUUAUAAAACCAUUUCAUCUAAUAGAAACAAAAAUUUGCUA